UUCCUGGAGGGACCCGUUAGAGAAGCGGACCUGCUAAGAUGGCGGCUCCCACAGAAGGGAGAAUUGCGGCGGAGGAUUUUAAGAAGCCGAUUUUGCCCCCGCCGUUGCCUCUUUCUCUCGCUCGAGGAAAGGCAGCUGAGGGAGAGGCUCCUAAGCGCCCCCACGGCCCUGAGGUGGGCCCCUGUCCCCCUGUCCUUCCCGAGUAUCAGGAGCCGCCGUGGGGAGGUUGCCUCUCCGAAGAGGAUUCCUCCGGCUACAGCCUAGAGACGGUAAAAGGCGGCGCGGUGCUUGGCCGCGUUAGCCUCGCCGGUCGGAGCCGGCUCCUGGUAGGCCGCGCGCCGGGCUGCGACCUCUCCUUGGUUCAUCCAUGCGUGUCGCGGCACCACGCCGUGCUUCAGUGCCGGCCGCCACGGGGCUCCGCGGAAGGGGAUGAGCCCCUGGCGUCGGAGAGCCCCGAACCCGGCCUGUAUGUGUACGACCUGGACAGCGCCCACGGCACCUUCCUCAACAAAGCGAGGGUCCCUCCCCGCACCUACUGUCGCGUCCGGGUGGGUCACGUCUUGCGUUUUGGGGGCAGCAGCCGCCUCUUCAUCUUGCAGGGCCCAGAGGAGGAUCAAGAGCCAGAAUCGGAACUGACUGUAACACAACUGAAAGAACUGCGUAAGCAGCAACAGGCCAAGUUAGAAAAAACUAUGCUGGGUGAUGAUUCUGAUGAGGAACAUAAGGAAAUUGAAAUUAAAAAAAGUGAAAAUAGUCGGAGUGAUUUAAGCUGUUCCUGGGGAAUGGGGGAAGAUGCAGAGGAAGAAGAGGGUGAAGAAAAUCCAAUUGCUAUUGAGUUUCAAGAGGACCAAGAAGCCUUUUAUUUGAAAGAUCCCAAAAAGGCACUGCAAGGGUUUUUUGAUAGAGAAGGUGAAGAAUUGGAAUAUGAAUUUGAUUCUCAUGGAACAGGCACCUGGCUUUGUAGGGUGAAGCUGCCUAUAGAUGAUGCCUCAGGGAAACAGCUUGUGGCAGAAGCUAUUCAUUCAGGGAAGAAAAAAGAAGCAAUGAUCCAGUGUGCAUUGGAAGCCUGCAGAAUAUUAGAUGCUAGGGGUGUGUUGCGACAAGAGGCAGUGUCCCGGAAAAGAAAAGCAAAGAAUUGGGAAGAAGAAGAUUUCUAUGAUAGUGAUGAUGACAUAUUCCUUGAUCGGACAGGAGUUAUUGAACAGAAACGACUCAACAGAAUGAAGAAAGCUGGAAAGAUAGAUGAAAAACCAGAAACAUAUGAUUCAUUGGUUGCAAAACUACAUGCAGCUGAGAGAGAGCUCUCUGAAAUAGCAGAGAAGCUGAAAUCUUCAAGGACAACACAAUCCCAUUCAGCAACUCAGGAUUCACUGGAUGAAUUCAUGACAGAAAUCAAGUCAGGGUGUUCCGUAGACAGUGUGACACGUAAAAAACUUCAUUUGAGAACCUUUGAACUGAGGAAGGAACAGCAGCGAUUGAAAGGAUUAAUUAAGAUUGUUACCCCUGCAUCCAUGCCAGAGCUGAAGUCCCAGCUUCAGAGUCAAGAUCCGGAAUCUCAAAGUAAGCCCAAAAAGCUAACUUUACCCCUAUUUGGUGCCAUGAAAGGGGGAAGCAAAUUCAAACUAAAAACAGGGACCGUAGGGAAGCUGCCUAUGAAACGGCCAGAUAUACCGGCAAACCUAUUAAAGAUGAAAGAUGAGGGGCCAGAAGAGGAGGAGGAGGAGGAGGAGGAGGAAGAUGAUGUGAAUAGCAGUGUAAACCAAAACUCACAGAACACAAAGAUGGAAAUGGUUGAAGGAGGGAAUCUCCUCUCCAGUUCUUAUUCACCCAAAAAUCAAAGACUUAAAUCUCAGUCUGAGUCUUCAAGCAAGCAUACAAGCCCAUUAGCUCAUAAUUCCCCAGUGAAUGAAUUGGAGAUAAAACUAGAAGCAUCUGAGAUGCCAGCAGAAAAACCAAAGAAUCAGAAAGAUAGCAGUAAACCUAAGAUUCAACAUUCAAUAUCCUCAAACUAUCCAGAAGAUGAUCCAGAUUACUGUGUAUGGGUACCACCUGAAGGUCAAAGUGGUGAUGGCAGAACGCACCUGAAUGCUAAAUACGGCUACUAAUUUAUGCUGAAAAGUAAAGAAGUAUUGCACGGCAACUGAUAACUGGUACAAUAUGCUAUUGAAAUGACAAGCAACAUUUUUGUUCAUUUUCUUUAAACACUGUUUAAUGAUUCCUGAUCCUUACUUAAGGAUGUUUUCCCCUAGAAGUGAAUGUGUGUAUAAUGUGCAUCAUAAUGUAUAUAGUGGUGGUAAUUAAGAAUUUACAGGUAACAUAGAUAUAGCAAUGUUGGUUUUAUAGAAACUUUUUUAAAAUGCUUGUUUUUAUUUCUUUAACAUUAUUUCUUGAUGUAAAAGGGGUAAAGGAAUUAGUAAAUUAUUUCUUGAUGUAAAAGAAUUAGUUAUAGAUUUCUAUUUAGUCAAUAUAUGGGCUAAGGGCUAUUUCAAUACUCUGAUACUUGGGUUAAUUACUGAAACGUUUUCUGUCUGUCCAUGUACAUAUAUUUCCACAAAAUACAAUUGUCGGUGGCCCUCUCCAGGUGGAGCUGCUGAAACUUAGGCUAAUUUUUAUCCUUCCUUUCUGUUGCAGUCUUGUCUGUAAAGGUUCUUUGUUGUUGUUUUUCUUUUUUCCUCUAGAAGAAGGUGAAAUAAUAACACAUUCAUAUCUUGGCCAGUUGUAGAUUAGUAUUAAUGUGGGUGGAAAAGUGUGUUAAUCUUUGGCAGUUCCCGAAAGAAUGUUAAAUAUCUUAACACUGGAUAGUUGAGAGAGUUAAAGCUAAGGUAUGGAAGUACUAUGAAUUAGUGCUGAAUAGUAUAUCUGAAGUUUUUUGGAUAAGCCAGAGAAAAAGGCAAUUAAUUAUCCUUGGUCCGGACCAGGUUUUACUUCACCAUUUCUGCACUUAGGUUGCAUCAUGCUCCAUGUCAGAAAAGAACAGAAAUUGCAUUUAAAAGGAAAAAACUUAGUGGCAUACAAUAGUCUUAUAGUCUUAUCUACUAUGUAAACAUAUUAGUUAUGAAAAUGGAACCAGUUCAGGAGAGGAGAGGGGGAAGCACUGGAAAAUGUUUACUAGUUUCAACUUUCUUUUGAUGGUAAAAUAAAGCCUGUAGUUUUGAAGCCUUACAUUAAUGGAUUUAGUGGCAAGUAGGAAUGUGAGAAUUGCACAAUUCAUAGACUGAAAGGAGUACUGAGUUCAUAGGUCCUGACGUUAGCCUAAUUCCAUAAAUUAUGGAUUAAUGAAAGGAUAUGUGAUUGGGCCUUAGACAGACUUUAUGAAAUACUGUAAACCUCCUUUAUCUAAGGCAUAAGAAUCUAUUUCUGUUUUGGUCCAUCUGUAACAUUCACAUACUAAUAACCAUUUCUCUUACAGCUAAAAGAAUUUGAGAGAUAUUUAUUUUGCAUUUAUGCAAAAACCCAGCUUUUGGAAAUAUAUGGCCCAGAGGGAGGUUUAUUUUUAAGAUCUCCAGAGUGGCUCCUUUAAGGAUCAGAGUCCCAAUAAUUUUAAUUCUUUAAAAAAUGGAAAUGAGCAUGCAACAAAGUAAAGAACAGAUAAAGUAGCAUUAGAGUUAUUUGCAAAAUGCCUCAUUCCUCGGAAAUUCCUAGAAAAGAAACGUGGCUAGUGGCAACUCAUGCUUUGGGAAGCUUUGCCCAUUUUCCUACAAAGUUAAGCUUGGGAUAUAGGAAAUAUCCUGGAGGAAAUAAAUCAAGCAGCAACUUCAAAAGUGUGUCUUCAUCUAAAAGCAAAAUAAAUAAAAGUUUUCCUUCUACUAA